AUGCACUACAAAACUGUGUUCGGCGAUGAGUUCGAUACAAAGGAUGCUGCGGCUAAUUGUAUUACACGAGCUGACGUGAUGAGCGUGCAGAUUGGAAGGUUCACGACAUGUUUUGCCCCUGAAGGAAUCCACGUGCUUCCUAAAUCUCAUUGGAGUGAAGUCGACAAUAUUGGAGGAGCAAACGAGAAAAGCCUUCAGUCUUCUUCAAAACGUGGAAGAUAUGAUGAUUGGGACGCAAACCGUUCAUCUCAAAGGGAAAAUGUAGGUUAUAAUUUGGAACUUGUAUUUCUAGACUUCUUGAACAAUGGGAACAUAAUCCAUAAUGUGACAUGCAGUGAAAUAGCUGGUGUAGGUGGACGUUUACCAGGAAAUCAGCAAUUGGAUGAUGCAAGAUAUAGGGUAUGCCGAGGGCACAAGGUGACAAAAGUGAUUGGGAUUAACCUCAGAGGCACAGAGCCCAGAAUGCUAGCGCUUUAUGGUGACCCAGAAAGAAUCCGCAUGAGGGACAUCGAGCUCGUCCCUUGUCGCAUUUUGCGUUUUUAUGCGCCACAGAAAGUUAUCGACUUCUACGAGGGACUCCUAGAGCGCACAAUCCGUCGUCCAUAG